CUGCUCGCUGAUUGGCUGGAGGAGACGUCAAUCACAGGAGGAUGGUCUCAUGUUACAGAAAGGCUGUGUUUCGAUUCUAACGGCAUUUAUCUACGAUAUGAUGAUUAAUUAUCGAUAUAAAGUACAAAAUUAUAACAAAAGUGGUAGAAAUAAAGUCAAAGCGAAACAAAAACAUUGGUCAAAUGGCUUUAUUUUGCACCGCUGACGCCAAAAGGAGGGGAUUUCUAUUCUCGAACCCCGGUUUUUGAUUGGUUGCUGCCCCGUGACGUAGUAUGUGGGCGUGAGCGUUGUGAACAUCAACAAAAGAGAAGAAGAGAAAGGAAAAAGAAGAGAAGACGAGAAGGACUUAAGAAGACAACAGAUAUGUGGAUUUAAUUUGCAACAACAGUGAAAAAACUGUGGUAAAAACAAAAGAUCACUUCCUGAAGUGAGACAUGGAUGCCUACAAGCUGAUGAAGGAGCUGAGGGUGAAUUAUGAGCAGGAGGCUCAUUAUCUCCCCAAAGAGACCGGACUGAAGUUCAUCGAAACCACAGCCGAGGACGACAGCCGGAUCUCGGCCAAGUGCAGAGACGCCAAAGUGGAGGACCUGUGGAGUCUGACCAGCUUCUUCGGUUACAGCACGCAGACCUUCGUCCUGGCUGUGAACCUGCUGGACAGAUUCCUCGCCAUGAUCAGGAUCCAGCAGAAGCACCUGUCCUGCGUCAGCGUCGCCUGCCUCCACAUGGCGGCCAAAGUGACGGAGGAGGAGUGCAACCUGACGCCCACCGACGAGCUCAUCCGCAUCGGACAGUGCCGGUUCACCGUGUCCGACCUCUGCCGCAUGGAGAAGAUCGUCGCCGAGAAGCUCGACUUCAAGUCCAAAGCCAUCACUGCCUUAACCUUCCUGGAGCUGUACCACCAGAUCACACUGUCACACCUAACGGACAGGAAGCAGACGCUGAGCCUGGAGAAGCUGGAGGCUCAACUCAAAGCCUGUCUGUGCAGGAUCUCCUUCUCUAAAGCAAAGGUAGGCAUUCACCGCAGGGCGGGUCAAAGGUCGGGCGAGAUUACUGCCGCCGAGCUCUGAGAUGCUCAAAAAUGAGUCUUUUAAGUUAGAA